AUGACUGAUUAUUAUAUAAAUGAAAUUUUUUUUUUUUUUUUUUUUUUAUCGUCUAGAUCUACGACUACAAUUUUGGAAGAAGAACAAGCUAAAAUAUCGACGUUAGACGAAAAAGAAAUCACAAAACACGUGAGCAUAGCCGACGGAUGGUGGAACGAGCACGGGGAUUUGAAAGCAUUGCACUCGAUGAACAAGCUCAGAAUUCAAUUGGUAAGAGAUGGUCUCAUGUAUACGAAAAAGGCGGACGUGGAAAAUCCGAACGGUCCGAGGCCACUUAACGGAGUCAAAAUAUUGGACGUGGGUUGCGGAGGAGGCAUAUUGAGCGAACCUCUCGCGAGAAUCGGAGCCGACGUCACGGGCAUCGAUCCCGGACAAAAGCUCAUAGACAUAGCCAAAACCCACGCGGCGGAAGAUCCGACCGUAUCUGGAAAAAUCAGAUAUUUAUGCGAAAGCAUCGAAGAUCAUGCGAACGGACAUAAGGAAAAAUACGAUGCCGUCGUCGCGUCGGAAGUCAUCGAACACGUGGCAUCAAAGGAAAUAUUUCUGGAGUCCUGUGCAAACGUACUCAAGCCUGGCGGUUCCAUAUUUAUAACGACCAUUAACCGCACGACCCAAGCCUGGAUAGCCGGUGUCAUCACGGCUGAAUAUUUACUUCAUUUGGUUCCGAAAGAAACGCACGAUUGGGAAAAAUUCAUAACACCCCACGAGUUGCAGUUCAUGUGCGAAAAAUAUGACUGUUUUACAAAACUCGUUCACGGAAUGUUCUACAACUUUCUCUGUAACGAAUGGUAUUGGGUUCAAAACGCGGCUGUCAAUUAUGCAUUACACGCGGUAAAAAAAAAUUAA